AUGCAACUCAGCCUCCUGUGUGGCCUGGCUCUGUUAUCCUGGAUCACCUGGACUGCCUGUUGGAUGAUGUGGGUGAACAACUGCCUUCCAAUAAUGAUGUAUUGCCUGCAACACCUUCUAAACCUCAGAAAAGUCAGUUAUCUGCAGCAGUGGUUGCCACACCAAUGGCAUUAUCUAGCCAUCCUGUUGGACAUGGAGGCCCCACCUGAGCCAAGGGAUUGUGCAGAACACAGGCACCAGCCAUUCCACAGGGUGGAACAAUGGAAUGGAACAUUCUUUGAGGAAUCAUCCCUGCAGCUGGCUGGUUUGGUACUGCAUGUUGGGCAUGGUGGGCAGCACUGCCCAGCCAGUGGUUGUUCAAAUGAUGAAGUCACAACUGAGGAGGAAGAUGAUUGGGAGGAUGUGGAUCAAGAUGGUUGUCCACCAAAUCUGCAGGCCCUCAGGAACCAAAGCUGUCUAAUUGUCAUGCACACCAAUGGAAUACACUACUGCAAUGUGCAGUAUUAUAGAUGCCCUGGGGCAGAGGAUUCACACAUACAGCUGAUGCAGGCUGGGAUGUUUCCUGCUACCACAAAGGCCACAAGGACUGCAUUUACCUUCCAAGUACUUGAUGACUUUGUUCAGGACAAUGUGGAAUGUGGUACCUCAGCAAUGAAUUUCUACAGCAAACUUCACCACAUAACCUCCAAUGCCUUUCCUCAUCUAAUGCCAGAUAGGUACAGGGAACUGCUGAGAGUUGCUAGGAUGUGGCGGCUCCUGAAACUACUGAAAUGGCAGGGAUCCCACAUGAGCACAGAAGAUGCUGGCCCUGGGGAAUUAGUGUUAUUCUGUCUGGCAUGUCCCCAACCUGGCAUCAACAUUCCUGAAGAUGCAACAGAUUAUUCCCAUUGGACACUGGCACAAAGCUUGGUCAUGGAUGGGAAUUUCAAGGCAGAGCAUAUGCAUCCAAAGGACACUGGCAGCAAAGCCUGGUUGAUGGAUGGAAAGGGGUACAUGGUUGCAUCACAGCCAUACAAGGAAUAUUUGAGUCACACUAAAAAUGUGGUUGAGAUCUUGGAUUGCAGCAAUCAUUGGGCAGUUAAUCAAGCAAAUGCCAACUGGCAGCAGCUUGCAUCUAUGGGAAUAGGUGGAUAUGCCUGUGUGUGGCAUGGCUGUUUUGUGCUGCAUGAAAUGGUUGACUUCCAGAAGGGUGAACAGCAGGUUAACAUGGACUAUGCACUUGUGCAUGCUGUCAGGCAUGGCACAGUCCCUGGCCAGCAAGUGAUACAUUUCUAUGAUAUUAACUGCCAGUAUAGCAAAGAAUGCUUUGCACGAUAUGCUCCCAAUUUCAUUGUGGGCGCUGGCCAGGUGGAUGGGGAGAUCAUGGAAACCUUGUGGUCCUCCCUGAAUAUCAUUUCCCCAUCUGCUAGAGGCAUGGCUACUCCCCAUCAGCAGGAGGCUACAGCAAUGAGACUCAAGUGGAAACUCAAGGUUGCUGAGGAAUCUUAUUUAGUGGUUGAAGGCAGGUUUGCUGAUUUGAAUGGUAAUGUCCCACCAGCAAUCAGCCAAUCAUGGGGGGAAGAAGUGGCGGCAUUGGACAACUGGCUGUCAAGGCCACAGGCCAUGGAUAUAUAUGAGGUCAGGCUGCAGAAAGGAUUUGGGCUGAGUGGUAUAGAAGCUCCCUCUGCAAAGGCAAUUGAGAUAGAUUUACUGGCCAUCCCUCAGCCAGGGCAUUCACAGGGUAUGGUGACCUGGAUUGCAAAGGCAUUGAAGAUAGAGGAAGCACAAAUCCAGCUUGCAGUGGCAUGCUGGCACAUCAGCUCAAGAGCAACAGAAGCUCAAAAUCUCACCAUUGCACAUUGCCAUGAUCAUCUCCAGUCCCAUAUACAUGGCAUUUUUGACACUGCUGAAAAACUAUUUGGGGACAGAUUUGAGGAUUCUGAGCUGUUCCAUAAUUACCACAUGGCCACACAUGCCUGGGGAAGGGUGGCCAAUGCUGAAGCAGCCAUGCAACAUCAUGCUGCUGUGUACCACCAGUGCCACAUUCAAAUGAGCAGGUUAGGGGCUGGGCUGGAUAUCCUGGAGCAAUACAAAGAGUUGAAUGACUCCAACCUAACUAUCAGCAUGGCAGUAUCUGACCCAAAUGCCAGAGGUCACAGGGACAAUACCCUACCUUGGAUCUGGACAAUGGAUGUACCAAGGGACAUGGCCACUAAUGAUUGGAUAUCAGAAUUUUACAGGGUCAAUUGGCUCUGGAUGAGAGCACUGUGGGACAGAUGGAAGGAGGAGGUUCAGCUGUUGAAAUGCAAGCAGGAGUGGACUAAAAACUUCUUUGAAAACAAGAGACCACUAGCUAUCUGCAAUGACAUCAUUCUUGAGAUCUCCCAAAUGAUGCCAGGGUUCUCAAUUUAUGACAUCUCAUCUUUCAUGCUGUACUUGGGAAUGAGGUUUCAUUGCCUUGUUGCCACCAUGAAGAAGCUGGAUUGGUCUGAAUACUGGCACACUAGUUGGUAUCAACAUUUCCUGGCAGAAGCAGGUACAAUGGAGCAUCUGAUGGGCAUGGCAUCUUGCCAUCCCAUUACCCUGAUCGAGCCACUCACAGCCAACAGGCUGUUAACAUACCUGAAUGAUGGUGAUCAGAGUCCCUGUGACAUUUUAGCUUUCAUCAAAAGCUUGAAUCCCCACCUGACAAGGAUUAAGGAGUGCCAUGUCAAACUGGCCACUACCAUGGCCCAUGCAUGGUGGCAGAAUGACAGUGGUGAAGUGGAAUUGGGAUAUGAGAGGAGACUGCUGCAGGAUGUAAUUGCAGAAGCUGCAGAAUUUUUCACAGGAGUAUCAGUUGUGUGGGUGGAGUCAGUGUCAAAGCUUUACUUUAUCAGAAUCAAUGCCAGUAAAUGUAUAGGGGCAUUCCCAUGA